UCAUAACGGCAUUUCAUAAAGAAGAAAAAAUGAAGAGCCCGUAUCUUCUUCUCGUAAUUCUACUUGGAAUCUCAGAAAAAUCUCAGUCUUCGAAAAUCAAGGUAAUUAAAGGAAACAACCCAGGACCAUGUUUAAAAAAUAGCAGUGGAGAGAUAUCGUUGGUUCGUGAUCGACAGAACGAACCUAAAAUUUUGAUAUGUUCAAAAGUUAACGGCGUUUUUAGAUGGAGAACAUUGGACGGUUCUAGUUCUCCAGGAGAGUUUUUUAGCCCAGUAUACGACUGCUCAACAAUAUUGGAUAAAGAUCCAAAAGCGAAAAACGGAUUUUAUUGGAUAACACUUGGAGAAAAGAAGCCGAAAAAGGUUUAUUGUGAUAUGAUGACUGAUGGUGGUGGGUUCAUGUUGAUUGGUCGGAAAAAUUCAUCCGUUACAUGGACAGUACCAUCUAACAGCAAGACAGUGGAACCAUUUGGUAAACCUCAUUGGAUAAGUUCAUUAGGAGAGGCUCCGAUGGUUGAUUUUAGAGUACAAAUGGCCACUAAAGAUGAUUUUAAGGCAACAAAGGCUCAUUGGUAUUACAGAUUUAAGAGUGCAAGAAAAUUGAAAAAUUUGAUGUUAUCCAAGACAGGGGGAUGUGGGGGAACUUCAGCAGGAAUUGGUGACGUUAAGUUAGUGAAAGAUCUUAUUACUGGAAAUGUUGUAACAACAAGUUUUUGCUGCUCUAAAUUUGGAUUGGCUUACAAUGAAAAAAUGAAAUUUGGAUGGGCAAAUAUGAAUUAUUGCUUGACUAAACCCUGUCGUCGAGGAUUUGCUUUUCAUGACAAAGUUUCAUUUCAAACUGACUAUUCUGGAUCAUUUAGCUACAGUGCAAAAGAUAACAUUUCUGGUAUAGAUUUUGGAGCGACGGCAUUGGUUGGCUGUGACAGCGGAAAGGUUGUUUAGUUUUGUUCAUUUUUGUUUACUUAU